AUGAAGGAUAUGAAUGAGGCAUUUAAGAUUCAAGAAAAUUCGACUCACCGGCAAACUGAGAGGUUAGGCUCUCAUGAUGAAGAUGUGGCAGAUUUUAUUGAGGAUGAAUCAGAUGUCUCUUAUGAUUCUUUGGCUAGAAAGAAUGCAUCAGAGUCCAAAUCUGAGGCAAAACAAGCUCCUUUUAUGACAGAAGACUGCCCAGAGCUAUUCAACAAUGGUACAGAGAAGAAAGUGGUAGGAGAUAAAGGUCUCUCUACUAGUGCAUUGCGUGUUCUGCCUCUUUAUUCCAUGCUUCCUACAGCAGCACAGCUCUAUGUAUUUGAUGAAGUCAAGUAA